ACGCCGAAGGUACGGAGGAUCUGACCCCAGAUCAGAAGUGGAACGCUUCAGAAAGGGGAAGUGCAGUAAGCAUAUGUGUUCCUCCACACAGCUGGACAGAGACUGAGUGAUCACAAGGACGAACGAGUGUUUUCAUCCAGUCAAGAACACACAAAAGGAAAGAUGUCGUGCCUCAAGUGCCUAAAAUACACCAUGUGUGUGGUGAACUUCAUCUUCUUUCUUUGCGGAGCUGCUAUAUUCGGAUUGGGGAUCUACAUGAACACCACGUCCAAGUACUUGUCCCUCUUCCCAUCCUUGUCAGUGUUGAACAUAGCCAGCGCGUUCUUCGUCAUCGGCAUAUUCGUCACCUGUGUGUCCUUCCUGGGUUUCCUGGGGGCCCUUAAGGAAAACCGCUGCCUCUUGAUUUCCUUUUUCAUUCUCUUGUUCCUGCUGAUGUUGGCCGAGCUGACCAUGGCCUGCCUCCUGCUCUUGUACGAGAAAAAUAUUGACGAGUUCAUUGAGAAGGAACUGAAAGGCAGCCUGAAGAAAUCCAUCACAGAAAGCGAAAAUAACUCAACCAUUGACUGGAACUACAUUCAGAAAACUUUCGAGUGCUGUGGCGUAAACAACGCGACGGAUUGGGAAUUCAUUGUACCGGAUUCAUGUUGCACAUCACCACCAUGUAAAGACAAACCCUGGGACAUGGGCUGCUAUAAAAAACUGAAGGAAUGGUUUGAUGGCAAUCUUCUAGGAACUGGGAUCGGAGUCAUCAUCGUAUGCAGCAUUGAGGUUUUGGGUAUGUGCUUCUCCAUGACUCUGUUCUGCCACAUCAGCAAAUCUGGACUUGGCUACAAGUGAACAGCCAUGUAAGUUUUCCCACAAUGCAGAAAGAGAGACAGCCAGAAGAGCUGAAGAGACUGGAUGAGAAAGCUUGGCAUCCAUUUAUCCUAUUAUACUUUUAGAAUUUCUUCAUCGAACUUUGUGACACUUGUCUAGAUUACUAUUCUGACAUGUAUUAUGUGAAUGGGAUACAUGUGUACUGGUACACAGAUUAAUUAAUGCAUAUGUAUUUAUAUUUUUUGUCAAAUGAAAAUGGCAUUGCCAUAAAUUUGCGUGUACAGAAAAUGCAUAUGUGAUUGGAUAAAUGGUAAACUAUAAUGACAGAACAUUGCCUUUAAUCGUUACAUAAAUGUUUGUUAUAGUGCAAUAUCAGGCUGGACCACAGUUGUUGUUGUUGUUUUUUUUUAAUGAAAUGCCAAAAGUUUUAUUCAGCUUUUAAGUGCUUUAAAGUGAACGUCACUAUGUCUAACUGAGAAGUUGACAUCAGCACAUGUUGUACUCUUUAACAGAAGCACUUUUAUGAGAGGGAUUAGCAGUUUCAAUGCCAAAUUUAACUUCAUGUAACAUUUUGAUGUAAGGAAACUCCCUUCCAUGACCAAAAGUCCAAAUAGCCUUCUAAUUUCCCCAAAAUUCCCCAAAUUGACAUUUUUUUUGUAGCUGUAUAAUUUAGGAUACCAUGCUAAGCAUGCUUUUUUACUUUAAUGUAAUUUUAAAUAUCAUAGUCAUUAAUCAGAGCUAGUUGGUGUACAGAUUAUAAUAAAGUGCUUAGAAAUA